GCCCCAUACUUUGCCGGUUUUCUCUAAUGCAUACUUUUCAAGAAAGUUUAAAUUCAAUUUAAAGAAUAUGUUACUGUCAAUUCUGGUACGUACUCUAACCCGUAGAAGUCAGUGAACCGUUUCUUUGUUUGUGAUGCAUGAACGAUGUAAGAGGUGUGUCAACUAUGAUGGCGCAGACUAUGUGGUUUCCUGCUGUCUCAGCACAUCUCUAUAGCCCAGAGUGAUGUUGGACCUCCCCUAUGUUGACAUGAUUGCUCCUGUUACAACACAUCAAACAGAACGACAGCAGAGGCCAGGAGUUGUACUUGGAUGUAAACAGGGUGGCCAUGUUCGGCCCACCUCCUUGCUGCUUGAAAUGAUGAUGACAAGGAAGAUUAUUAUUAUUGCUGUUGUUGUUUUGAUGUGUACACGACCAGGUGCAGCUGCAGCUAAGACUGAGUAUUUCAUGGAUGACUACAGCGUGUGUUCUCUGCAGGGCUACAUAGACAUUCCGUCUGGAGUGACUAUCACCAUUCAUCUUAAAAAACCUAGUACAUCCGAAAGCUCUCUUACAAAGUGUGCUUUGCGCUUCCGGGCAGAGAGUGACAAGGAGCUACUAAGAAUCGAGUACAAGUCAUUUGAAAUUGGUGUUUGUGGAAUAUUGUUUAAAGUGAAUCUGAACAAGUAUCAGUGUAAUACUGCUAAGCCACAAGAUGCCAAGCUCUCAACACGAGAAGUGGACAUUGAACUCGACUGGCCCUCGUCCGCUAAAAACUAUGAUGGUGAAAUGUUAUUAACCACAUAUCAAAGCAGUAUGUCUUUCAUCUUAUCUUCCUUUAAAGUCGUUUUUACCUAUCAAGUUAUUGAUGCCCGACUGAAGAAACUAAUUCAGGAAUAUCAAAAUGAAAACCCAUGGCAAUUUCAAGUGGCCUUUCGAGAAAAUGGAAGAGUAAAAGACUUCGUUAUGCUGUCAACAACGGCGGAUUGUCUCCAUUUGGCUGUUAUUCGUAAUCGACUCUUUUAUGGUGUGGGUCCCAAGCAAGAAUUUCCUGAAGUGCAAACAGUGCCUGAAGAUUUCCAUUCUGGAGUUAAGGAUGUUCAUCAGGUCGAAGGAGGCUUUUAA